CGAGGGAAGAAGCCGAAGGGUGUCUCCUCCCCCUACGACGACGUCUCAGUCCCUCGCACCAUACAAAAACUUCACCAAAUUCGAGAGGGAAAGUCACAAGUGACGCCAAGAGCAAGCAAAGACCAGAAAGAGAGAGAGAGAGAGAGAGCGAGAGAGAGAGAGAGUCUCUGUUCUUCCAUUGCGAUCACUGCCGAUUCGUGGUUCGACACAUUGUUAGGGCUUGCUUAGGAGGAAAUGGCGGAGGAGGAGCAGAGGAAGAGGUGGAACUGGCAAGUGCCGGGGUUGGAGCCGUGGAAGUCGCUCGAGCACGACGACGAUCGCAGGCCUUCGCCGCCUCUGGUCAGGCGCUACUCCAUCUCGCCGUCGUCUAUUCUCCCGCAGUCGGAGCUCUCCAAGCGCGCUUUCGCGCCAAAGCUUCAGAGGUUGAAGGAUAAAGUUAACCUUGUUAGAGAAGAUCACUUUGAAUUGAGACAGCAGGCAUGUAAGCUCCAGGAGUAUUCACAUGCAAAUUUUGAUUGGGUCAUGCAAUAUUUGGGUGUUCUUGCUGAUAAGACUCAUAAAUCAGACCAGGCUGCCCUUGAAACUGAGGCUAGAAUUUCUUUGCUGAUAAAUGAGAAGAAAAGGUUGUUCAAUGAAUUAUUGACUGCCAAAGGAAACAUAAAGGUCUUUUGUCGCACUAGACCAGUAUUUGAAGAUGAAGGGCCUUCUGUUGUUGAAUUUCCUGAUGAUUUCACCAUCCGCAUCACUACCAGUAAUGAUAAUGUCACCGACCAGAAAGAUUUUGAAUUUGAUAGGGUUUAUGGGCCUCAUGUUGGACAAGCUGAAUUCUUUGGUGAUGUUCAACCCUUUGUGCAAUCAGCUUUGGAUGGAUAUAAUGUUUCUUUAUUUGCAUAUGGGCAAACUCGCUCAGGGAAGACUCACACUAUGGAAGGACCUAGCUUUGACUGUGGGUUAUAUGCCCGAUGUUUUGAGGAGCUAUUUAAUUUGUCCAACUCAGAUACAAUGUCUACUUCUCGAUUUAAUUUUUCUGCCACUGUCUUUGAGAUCUGCAAUGAACAGAUUAGGGAUCUGCUUUCAGAAUCAAGAAACAGCCUGCCAAAGAUUCACAUGGGGUUCAAUUCAUUCGUGGAUCUUGCACAGGAAGGGGUUGAGAAUCCGUUGGAUUUCUCCAGAGUUUUGAAAGUGGCAUUUCAGAAUAGGGGAACUGAUUUGUGGAAGUUGAACUUUUCUCAUUUGAUUGUUACAGUUCACAUAUAUUAUAACAAUCUGAUCACUGGAGAAAAAUCAUACAGCAAGAUAUCUCUGGUUGACCUUGCUGGAAGUGUAAGUUUACCUGUUGAAGAUGAUGUAGGGGAGCACACUACAGACUUGCUGCAUGCCAUGAAAUCACUUUCAGUGUUGGGAGAUGUUCUAAAUUCCCUGACGUCCAAGAAGGAUACGGUUCCAUAUGAAAAUUCACUUCUAACAGAAGUACUUGCAGACUCGCUAGGUGGAAGCUCAAAAACUUUGAUGAUUGUUCAUGUGUGUCCAGAUCUUUUGAAUUUGUCUGAGACAAUAUCUUCUCUCUACUUUUCUGCCAAAGUUCGAAAUGCUGUACUAAGCCUUGGAAAUCAAGACACGAUUAAGAGAUGCUGGGAUGCAGCAAAUGAUGCACGGAAGGAAUUGUAUGAAAAAGAGAGGGAAAUUGAAGAUUUGAAGCGGGAUGUUUUGGCCCUAAAGCAAGCACUGAAAGACACAAAUGAUCAUUGUGUUCUACUUUUCAAUGAAGUUCAGAAGGCAUGGAAGGUCUCUUUUACACUGCAGUCAGACUUACAGUUGGAGAACAUCAUGCUUGCAGAGAAGCACAAGAUAGAAGAGAAUCAAAAUUCUCAGCUAAAAAACCAAGUUGCACAGCUAUUACAGGUGGAACAAGACCUAAAAUUGCAGAUGCAACAGCGUGAAUCAACAUUUAAAACUUGGCAGGUGAAACUAAAAAGCAUUGAAUCACAAUUAAAUAAAGCUAUUCAUGCAAGAGAGCUUAGCUCUGUUGCAAGAUAUGUGGCUCAACCAAUUUCCAAAGGCACAGUUGAUGGCUUAGAUUCUGUAGCAGUUACCAAGAAACUUGAAGAAGAACUAGUAAAACGCGAUGCCCUUAUUGAGAGACUGCAUGAGGAGAAUGAGAAACUGUUUGACAGAUUGACAGAGGAAGCAAAAUUAGAUGGAUUGCCCCAGGUGUCUAGCCCAUUGCCAAAAGAAACAGUUAAUGUUCAGUCUCAGAACCUUGGGAGGAGUAAUGGCAAUAGUAAAGGAUGCCCUGCAGCUCCCUCAGCUUUGGCCACAAAUAAUACUGAAGGGGCCAUUACUUUGGUUAAAUUAGGUAGUGAGAAUGUCAAGACGACCCCAGCAGGAGAAUAUUUAACUGCCGCCUUGAAUGACUUUGAUUUUGAGCAAUAUGACAGUCUUGCUGCCAUUUCUGAUGGAGCAAACAAGCUUCUAAUGCUGGUUUUAGCGGCAGUAAUUAAAGCAGGUGCUUCAAGAGAGCAUGAAAUACUUGCUGAAAUAAAAGAUGCUUUAUUCUCUUUCAUCCAAAGAAUGGAGCCAAGAAGAGUAAUGGACACCAUACUUGUUUCCCGUGUAAAGCUAUUAUAUGUAAGAUCUUUGCUUGCCAGAUCACCGGAACUGCAAUCAAUCAAGGUAUCUACUGUGGAUAGCUUUCUGGAGAAGGCUAACACAGUACACAGCAGAAGCUCCAGUAGGGGUAGCAGCCCUGGAAGAUCUCCUGUGCAUGUUGAUCCCAGCAGAAUCUCCCUGUUUGAUGAUCACAUUCAAGGUUUUAUAGUAAAUCUAAAGCCAGAAAAGAAGUCUAAGUUGUCUUCAGUUGUGUUGAAGAUCCGUGGAAUUGAUGAGGAUACAUGGAGACAACAUGUAACUGGUGGAAAGCUUAGGGAAAUAACUGAAGAAGCCAAAAGUUUUUCAGUUGGAAACAAGUCCCUUGCUGCUCUGUUUGUUCAUACUCCAGCUGGUGAGCUGCAGCGUCAAAUCAGAUCUUGGCUAGCAGAGAGCUUUGAGUUUCUUUCUAUCACAAGAGGAGACACUGUUGAGGGAACAACUGAUCAGUUGGAGCUUCUUUCAACUGCAAUAAUGGAUGGUUGGAUGGCUGGACUUAGUGUUGCAAUGCCUCCUAGGACUGAUGCCCUUGGCCAACUUUUGUCUGAGUAUUCAAAGCGAGUCUAUGUUUCUCAAUUGCAAUAUUUGAAGGAUAUUGCUGGUACUUUGGCAGCUGAAGAGGCAGAGAAUUCAGCACAAGUAGCUAAACUUCGUUCAGCCCUUGAGUCCGUUGAUCACAAGAGAAGGAAGAUACUGCACCAAAUGAGAAGUGAUGUGGCGCUACUAACAUUAGAAGAUGGUGGUUCACCUGUUCAGAAUCUGUCUGCUGCAGCCGAGGAUGCCCGCCUGGCAUCUUUAAUUUCCCUUGAUGCCAUAUUGAAGCAAGUCAAGGAUGUAAUGAGCCAGUCCUCCGUGCCGGGGAAAAGUAAGAAAGCAUUGCUUGCAUCUCUUGAUGAACUUGCUGAACGCAUGCCUUCCCUGCUUGACAUUGAUCAUCCAUGCGCCCAAAGGCACAUUGCCAAUGCUCGACGUAUGAUAGAGUCACUUCCUGAGGAUGACGAUCAUUAUUUUCAAGAGACAUCAUAUGCUCCUGCGCAAUCUGCAGUUCUGGGAUCCGGUGCCGAAACCGACGUGGCACAGUGGAACGUGCUGCAGUUCAACAUGGCCUCUAACACGCCGCCUUUCAUCAUUAAAUGUGGAGCAAACUCGAAGUCGGAGCUCGUCAUCAAAGCUGAUGCCCAUAUGCAAGAACCUGAAGGGGGUGAGAUUGUGAGAGUUGCUCCCAGACCCACCGAUUUGGAGAACAUGGGCUUGGAGGAGAUGAAACAGCUCUUCUCUCAGCAGCUUCCAGAGGCCCUAAGCUUGCUUGCCCUUGCUAGAACAGCAGAUGGAACCCGAGUUCGAUACUCACGGCUGUACCAGACUCUUGCCAUGAAAGUUCCAGCACUGAGGGACCACGAGCUUUAGAAUUCCCUUCCAGGAAAUGUUUGUGUUCUUGUUAAUUGUACUGCUUGGAGGCUGUUGUGAGGCUUUUUAUGCUUUCUUUACAUUUGUUAUUGCUGUUUCCGGGGAACUUCUUUAUAUAUAUGUUCGAGCUUACGUUCAUUUUAAUGCAUCCUAUUGAGCUGGCAUGCAAAGCAA